AGUUUCAGACAUUACUUCUGUGUUCGUAUAUCUUUCAAUAGAUGUCACUGCGUGUAUCUUUUGCGCGAAAUCUAACCGUAGCUACGUGACGUCGUGACCUAGCAGUCCACCAUUUUGCGCGUGAGAAGGGAUUGUUAUUCAAUGCGAUCCGCGGGUUUUGAUGUCGCACUGUGAAAUGCGUGAAUAACGAAGAAAGUGAACUGUGACAGUGGUAACGUGUAUCCGACAGGCGCAACGCAAUGUGAUGACUAAGCUCCAGAAGGGCAGAAGAUUCCUGUCUUCUCGAUAACGAGCGGUCGCGAAGCGACGAUCGAAUGAACAUAGGACUGUCUUCGGUCUGAAAUUGAUUUACUUGUGCCAAAGGUUAUACUAUGAAAUAGUCAUGAAGUAAUGCAGAUAAAGUGAAAAACGUAAAACUCUCGCUAAACCAUGAAUAUAAAACGCUUUUGCUACAAAAUUGUACUACUUGGACACAAGGUGCAAGAAUUCGUCGCAGGAAGUGCCGGAACGAUCGUAAAUUUAGAAUAUCUCCUUCUUAAAAUAUGAUUAUCCCAAGUCUUUUAUGUUCUUAUUUAAAUUGUAUUCUUUUCUAUUUCUUCGGUAUGUAAUAUUUCGGUAUAUGUGUAUGUAUCUACCUAACUUAUUCUAUUUUUCUUUUUUAACUACAUUUAUUAUGGCAGUUGGUUUGCACAAUUUAUAGUCUCUACUGGGGAUAUAAACGUAGACAUUCUAAGCUAUGUUCAUCCGCGUAAGAAAGAUAUUCGUAUCUAGGUGCUUUAUUACACGCGUGUGAUUGAGACAUUUGUUUGCCGUUGUGCAGUUUCUCGCUACUCACUUUCUCCAUUAUAUUGGUACCUCACGGUCGAGAACGACGACAUUUUCGAUUAAACGAAAAGAUCCCUGUCCCCGAAUCGAUUGAGAUUGUGUCCUUUUCAUUCUGUUGUCGGGUUCCCAGUCGCACAAUCCAGUUCCUAGUCGCAUCCCAAACAAAUAUCAGGAGCAGCCAAUAUUGAUUCUGUCGUUCCUGCUUUUCUGCUUUCGGCUUUCCUUCGUCGUCACAUUUCCUGCAACAAUGGCUCUGUUCCGAGAGAGGAAUUUAUAUCCAAGUAAUGUAUAAAAUAAAAUAAAAUAAAAUGUUUUAAAGCACUUAAUCUAAAUCUUCGGAUGCUACAGGUUCCUACGAUUUGAACUGCGAUUUUCUCAGAGGUUUAUAUGGCUCUCCUUGGUUUAUUGUUUCUCAAAGUCGAAUUGAAACUUUCAUUGAAACAAUGAUGCAUUGUAUCUUUAUCUUUACCUUUGCUCGAUUUAUUCACAACGAUGUAUUCCUAAUAAGCAAUUCGCCACAGAAACACUUUGUUGCGCCGCUCAAAGGUGUUGGGGAAAAAGUUUAUUCCGCCGCGUGGGAUUAUGUGAAAUAAAACAUAUAUUGUUGGAUAUAAGAGACGAAGAAUCCGCUGACGUCGCGAAUAUAUCUGGCUCCGUCGUACGGCGAGGCUCGAUUUCAAUUUUCCGCCCUUCGGACGCAGGCUGCAGCAGGUUGCAGCUUGCACCACCGUGCGACUGCGAUCGGUAUUCGCGUAUAUAUGGUGGAACGUGCCGGGACAAUAUUCUGUGAGGUGGCCCUUCUCUAAUGGCUAAUAAACCAACCCUCUCGAUAAAUUCUGUCUUUCUCGCUCGCUCGUCCUCGCUUUCUCUCUCUCACCCUCCGUUCUCCUAUUCUAAUAUUCUCUCGUUUCGCUCGCUCCAACUCGUGCACGCGAUGGCGUCCGCGCGGACACUCGUCUCUAGUUGGAUAUUCGAACCGGGAUGGGCUAGCAGCCAAUAUUGAAGCGUUCUCCUGAUAGUCGUAACUAUCGUCGUUCAGUUUCCGAACAGUGUCUCUUGUACUUGGUUUCGUUAUCAUUUUAUGCGACAUGGCGCGGCAUCCGUGCUGUCUACAAUGAGACGAGUACUCUGAUCCAAUGCGGUGUUCAACCAACGUCAUAAACGUUUACGGAACUCAAUAAAACUUUGGUAUACGAGAAAGCAAUACAUGCUCAUUCAGUGAUUCUACAUCAAACAAAUAAUUUUUGGAUAUUAAUACGUAGAUAUUUUAAUGCGCUUGAAGGAAAUAACGAAAGAAAAGAAAAUAAAAACGUUAUUUGAUACGUGAGAUAUCGAUUAUAUUACACGUCUCGUUCUCGAUGAUAAUAGGUAAUAAUGCCUGUCAUUGCUAAACUUCACAACACUUUAGAGUAUAGGUUAACUUUGAAUUUGGCGCGUGAGGCCUUGUAGAUGCUCACCGCGCCCUCUCUCGUCAUAUAGUUUGUUGUGCUAAACUUCAUGUACAUCGUGAGUAUAACUGUCGUAUAUAAAACGCGAAUUAACAGCAACCAAGGUGUUAUAGAGCAUGCCGAGCGAUAGGAAAAGGAAGCGCUCCCGGUCUCGAUCAAGAGAUCGUCGUCUGCGCAAAAAUAGAACGGAGGAAAAGUUGCAAACCAUGCAAUUUCAGUUAGAUAACCUCACCAACAUACUUGGUCGGUUAGUCCAACCUCCUCCGGGUAAGUAAUGUGGAUUUCCAUACGAAGUCUCCGCAUAAUUCGUUUGUCGAAGCACAGUUUGACGAUUCCAUAUGAAUGUCCAAACUGGUGUCAUGUCCAUACGACGUGUACACGGGCGACCUUGUGAUAAAUUCAAGAAGAAUGUAAAGUCACAGGUUACACAAUAAGUGCCGCCCAUGCGAUCUCGACUUUCCUCUGUUAUUCAGGGGACGAUAAGAUCGCCAAUAAUUAAAUUGUCGAAUCACAUUGUUUCUAUAACAAAUGACAAAGAAAGUGUCAUGUCCAUAUGACGGUGACAUGGGUCAAACUUGUGAUAAUUCAAUAAGAGUGUAAAUUCACAAGUUUCACAAUAAGUGAUGCCCAUGUGAUAUCGACUUCUCUCUGUUUUUCAGGAGAUAAUAAAAUCAAUGAGAGUUUGGUUAAUGAAACCAAAGAACAGUUGGUUGAUAACAUUGACCAGCCUGUGGAUGCACAAUCGUCAGAGAGCGUGCAAAUCAUGGAUAGCCUCGUUAAUCCUAAUACGUCAAUUUCUGAGGAAAUGUUGGAACUCCUGGGAAAGGAUCCCACUGCGACUAAAGAAAUUGCAGUUAAAUUUCAUCCUGAACUCAAAUGCAGAUGGGACAAAUGGAUGUCCAGACGAACACAAGGUCAUUCUGCAAAAAUAUCCGAAAAAGCAAGACCUGUAUACCGAAGCGCCUAAGGUUAAUUUGGAAAUCGUUCCACUUAUGUCAGAGGUUGCCGUAAAAAGAGACCAACAUUUUUUGGAGACUCAAAAUUGUGCGGGCUCAGCACUAUCGGCAUUAGCGGCAGCAAUCUCUAUGAUUCUUGAUGACCCAGAGGAUGGUAUUGACCAGGAAGUUCUCACAAAAUAUCUUUGUGAUGCUGGAAAAUUAUUAACGGAUGUAUUUUAUCAACAAUCGGUGGCCAGAAAAUCAUUUAUUACACCUUUACUGAAUAAAACGGUUAAGCCCACAGUUGAAGCUAUCAAAGCUGAUGAAUGGUUGUACGGUCAGAAAUUUGCUGAACAAAUCAAAGAAGUCCAAACAAUCGGGAAAGCGUGUGCUACACUCAAGGCCCCGGAGAAAUCUUCAAAAGGAUUUACCCAGAAACCACGUUUUCAGGGAAACUUGCGAUACCCACCUGCGAAAUACAAGCAGGUGGGGCGAUAUCCGAAACAAGCAACAAUCAGAUUCAAGGCCAGGAACCAACGAACGAGUCAGAGCACACAAAAGGCCUCGAGUCAGAAGUCGAGCGAGAAAUCGACGAAGAAGUAAACGAGGUAAGAGUUCAAGCAGGUCGCCUUCGGUUAUUUAUAGAUCAGUGGACGAAGAUCACAACUGACAAAUAUAUACUCAACUGCGUGAAGGGCUAUUGGAUCCCUUUCACGGAUAGUCCACAGCAAGAUAAUUCUCCAUCGGACAUUAUAUGGUCCGAUACUGACCAGAUUCUGGUUGCACAGGAAAUAAAUAGGUUACUAUCGUUAAAGGCUGUGGAGCAGUGCGAAGAGUGCGAUGGACAAUUUAUUUCAUCGUAUUUUUUAGUUCCUAAACCUGACGGUUCUAACAGAUUUUUCUUUAAUUUGAAAAAUUUAAAUAAAUUUAUAGAUCCUGUUCAUUUUAAAAUGGAGGAUAUCCGAUCGGCAAAAAAUUUAUUAAUUCCGGGGGCAUACAUGUGCUCUAUUGAUCUAAAAGACGCAUACUUUCUUGUCCCAGUACACGAAAAAUGCCGAAAGUAUUUACGCUUCAAAUUCCAGAACAAACUGUUUCAAUUUACGUGUCUACCAUUUGGACUUUGUACAAGUCCAUACGUCUUCACAAAAAUUAUGAAACCAGUCAUGCAUAAGUUGCGAACCAUGGGUAUUAUAUCAAUAAUUUACAUUGAUGAUAUUCUCUGCAUAAAUAAAUCUUAUAAUGAGUGUUUAAACAACGUACAAGAAAUAAUAACUCUGCUAGAACAGUUGGGGUUCGUAAUAAAUUAUGCGAAAAGUUCCUUAACGCCGAAUCAAAAAUGCAAAUAUCUCGGCUUUAUAAUUGACUCCUUAGACUUUAGGUUAGAAUUAACAGAAAA